CUGUACUGUACGACGAGAAAACAUCCCCAGUCCUCGCAUCUUUCACUACUAUACUUAACGUGCUUUUCCAUUUCCUAAUCUUGCUUCCUUCUCUCUCCGAACUCAACCCUUCCCCCACCCCCUUUUCCCCCUUCUGUAUUUCUUCUUCCAUUCUUUCUCAUCCGUUUGGUGUCACUAGAGGUCCCUUACAGACCAUUUCCCGGUACAGAUCAAAGGUUCCCUUAUCAUUGUGGGGCAUUCCUUAUUACUCUCUUGUGGACUUUCUCUCUCUUCCCCCCCUUAUCUUUUGGGAGCGUGUGAUAUAGUUCUCACGCAUGUUGAUACAAUUGCAUCUCAACGGGUUUUCUAAAGAAUGUGUCGUUGAUCGAUUACCACUCAGACUGUCCAUAUACACUCGACCUUAGCAUUGGACGUAUCUAUUGGUUCUUUCUACCUUUUACAUACACGAAACUUAAUCCAGCACCAUGGCGACGGUUGUGGUACAGCAACAGCAGCAGACACUGCGACACACAACCCCUCCCCCUACGGGAAUAACUUCAGCUCUGAACCUGAAUAGAAACCCGUCACCCAUUCCAAAUAAGCAUCUUCCUGUUUGCCCGGCGGGUCCUACUCCAGUCAUAACUCAAACAGCAUCCCCUGCUCAUAGAGAUGACCUUACGGAUCAGACGUCUUCCCUUCUAUAUCCACCAGAUCGCCACGUACAGCUGUCAAGCUCACCCGCAUUGUAUUCGAUAGAUGCUGUGACAUUAGCAUCGGCCCUUGACCAUUGGGCUUCCCAGCCGCUUCCCGAUCCUAGCAGGGUCUUUCCCUGGUUACACGGGCUCCACCCUGAGAAUCACCUACAGCUGGGAUUCUUUACGAAUCGGAAACGCUCUCUCCGUCGGAUACCCAGGGUGUGGCGAGGUAUCACUAUUAUAAAAGUUGGUGGGGACAUUACGACCGCCAGGCUCAAAGGUGCAGUAUCUCUCGACGAGGUCCUUGCUCCGUCAACCACGGACUUCCUUGCGGUCGACCCCCGGGAGGGGUUCUCUGUGCGCAAUUUUCAAAUCCAAACCGCAAAAUUAGCUCCGUUGUCCGACAUUGUUGUCUAUGGAGAAGAUGGUGUCACCCAAAAGCAGCUGCUAGACGUUGCUGGAAGAGUCGCAGCUGCACAACGCCGGUGGAGAAGUAAGAAUGACCCGGACCAGCUUUUACCGGUCUACAAUUCUUUCGUCCUCUCAUCUACCUUUUCCGAAGUUGAACAACGAGCCCCGGGUAUUGUUGCCAUCAACUCACGCGGGCAGCUCACUGGCCAAAUAAUGGACUUCUUUCAAUGGGAGCGGUGGGAAAUGUGUGACAUGUCCCGAGCGUCGGAGAUUUCGAACAAUAUCUGGCAGGGCCCAACUCCUGAUUACUUACUAAGACCCGGGACUUGUGAGCCUACAACCGGGGAGUAUUUUGACCUUUUGAUCGAGGCGAGCGACCUUGCGAGCCUCCCGGGACCCCGGUUUCUAGCCAAACUAAACAAGCAGCUCGAUGAUGGCCCGCAGCGCCUAGAGUUCCCGUCGUCUGGAUCCAUUCUUCCUCCAUCCGGUGACGAUAGAGAGGUGGAUGAUCUUGUGAAUACCGUACGGUGGCUCUACUACUUGGCAAACCCAGAAGAACCAGAAAAUCGACCGGAUGCUGAUGGAGACAUUCCCAUGGGCCCUGCGCCCAAGAAGGCUCGCAAGAUACUCAUUCACUGUCCAGAUGGCUAUACUGAAAGCUCACUGCUGGUUAUCGCCUACCUGAUGUUCGCGGAGGGUGUAACAGCGCCCGACGCUUGGCUUAGACUUCACUGCGAGAAGAAGCGGAAUUUCUUCGCCUACCCCUCUGAUGUUACUUUUGUAAGCGUAGUGCAGGGAAGGUUACUACAAGAAAGCCCCGCGACACAAGCACGCUACCUGACUGGGCUUGCCGAUCCUACCUGGUUUAGGUAUUGCGAUGGCUCGCUCCCCAGUCGGAUCUUGCCAUAUAUGUACCUCGGGAAUUUAUCGCAUGCGAAUAACCCAGAAAUGCUGUGGGCUCUUGGCAUCAGGCGUGUUCUGAGUAUUGGCGAGUCCGUUACAUGGACUAAUGCGGACGUGGCAAAGAUUGGUGCAGACAAUAUCAUGCAUAUUACUCAGGUCCAGGACAACGGUAUAGACCCGCUGACUCAGGAAUUUGAACGUUGCUUGGAUUUCAUUCGGAAAGGAAAGAAUGACGGAACAGCGACAUUGGUCCAUUGCCGAGUCGGGGUGUCACGAUCAGCGACCAUCUGUAUUGCAGAAGUUAUGGCAUCCUUAGGACUUUCAUUCCCAAGGGCAUAUUGUUUUGUUCGUGCAAGGCGGCUGAAUGUUAUCAUCCAGCCACAUCUGCGUUUUGUAUACGAGCUCUUGAAAUGGGAAGAACUGCAGCUGCAGAAGCAGAAUCGGACUCCAAAGAGAGAACUUGAAUGGCCCACAGUGGCUCGUGAGAUUGCACUGAUGAACAAGCCAUACUCGAGGUAAUCCAACGUCAAGUGAAGCAGUAUGUUAUACUUGAAGUAUGGGUAAUUUUUCACCUCAAAAGCACUGUGGUACCUUUUAUGCCAUAAUGCAGUGUCUUAAUACCAUUUGUCAUGCAUGAUACGCAAGUAAUCUGGUUUCGAUAACGAUUGAUACAUGUGGCGUGAAAGAUAAACGAAGGAAACGGCUGGACGAAUUACGGAAAAUUUGGGUCACUUUUUUUCUUUCUUUUAUUCUUCUUUUCAGGGCGUUUGAGGGACGCAAUCUACUCCAUGAUGUUACGGUUUGCAAAGCAUGCUACGAUUUAAUGCUUGUCAUGUAUAUAAUCAUGCCCUUCUAGUCGGCGGUCGCCAUAUAAUACUAUUCCUCUGAAUCGGCCAUUUCUUAAUGCUUUGUCGGUGCAGAUGAUUAUUCGGGUCUUCGACGUCGUCUUCCUGUCCACCUCCGAUUAGCCGUUACUUCCUGACUUUUUUUUCCCCUCUCUUUCCUAUUUGCACUUUGCUUAAAAGAUGCAGGGGGUUCAAUUCGUUUGUAACAGUGGGCAUAUAGUGUAUUAGUAGGAGCAUAAAUCUGACGAUGAUAACUUCGACAAGCUGUCCGCGAA